CGCACUGGGAGCCGGAGACGCGCGCGCGGCAUUGGCAGGCUGACGGUGACACGUGCCUCUCUCUCAACACCCCCGAGCUCCCGUGGACCGCAUUGGCAUCAGCGACGGCCACUGAAUCGCAGGAUUCGACGCCGUGCCACGGAUACAGAGAACGGAAAAAUCCGCGAGCGCUCUCCUUUACGCACUGGACAUUAAACUUUGUCUCGCCUGGGAAGCGCGCAUCAGAGUCCGGAGAAAAAAAGAGAGAGGAUGAACAGGAUGCAGGUGCCAGGCAUCAUCUACGUCUGAAAGUGACAUGAACCACGGAAUAAGCAAAAACACCAGGCGUGAUUUCAGUCACAAGUGGAGAUAACGAAUACGCGUCACCACGAGAGUCAGUUCUCUUCUCGCUCCGUUGAUGCGCAGACAAAGAACUCCGGUCGCACGCUAAAUUCGAUAUAUCCAGAAAAACAUUUGAAGAGGAAAUUUCACACCAAUCCGGUUUAGGAGAGCAAUCAUGGCUACGGUAAUUAGAAGCAAGAUCUCUAACAAGCUGUCCAACGCGGCCACCACGGUCACCAAUAAGUCGCAGGCGAAGGUGAGUGGGAUGUUCGCCAGACUGGGCUUCCAGGCCGCCACCGAUGAGGAGGCUUUGGGCUUCGUCGACUGCGAUGAUCUGGACUAUGACCACAGGCAGGGGCUUCAAAUGGACAUCGUUAAAAACGAGCAAAUGGGUGGAGAGGGCGGCGGGGAAACGGGGGGCGAGGGGGACAGUCAUUACCAGAGGGAUGGAACGGGUCCGCCGCCCUCAGCGUCCAAAGACGGAGGACUCUGCUCCGAAUUAGGCGGCCCGGACAAGCCAAGAAUCACUGCUUGGGAGGCAGGAUGGAACGUGACCAAUGCGAUCCAGGGCAUGUUUGUUCUCGGGUUACCCUACGCCAUUCUUCACGGAGGAUAUCUCGGACUGUUCCUCAUUAUAUUCGCCGCUGUCGUGUGCUGCUACACGGGGAAAAUCCUCAUAUCUUGCCUCUACGAAGAAAACGAAGACGGCCAGUUGGUACGAGUGAGAGACUCAUAUGUGGAUAUUGCUAAUGCAUGCUGUGCGCCACGCUUCCCCGCACUGGGAGGCCACAUCGUCAACGUAGCUCAAAUCAUCGAGUUGGUCAUGACCUGCAUUUUAUACGUCGUGGUGAGUGGAAACCUGAUGUACAACAGCUUCCCCAACUUCCCCGUGUCCCAGAGGUCUUGGGCCAUCAUCGCCACCGUUGCUCUUCUGCCCUGCGCCUUCCUCAAGAACCUCAAAGCUGUGUCCAAGUUCAGCUUGCUCUGCACCAUCGCGCACUUCAUCAUCAACAUCCUAGUGAUCGCCUACUGUCUGUCCAGGGCGCGAGACUGGGCCUGGGACAAGGUGAAGUUCUACAUCGACGUCAAGAAGUUCCCCAUCUCCAUCGGCAUCAUCGUCUUCAGCUACACUUCCCAGAUCUUCCUGCCUUCGCUGGAGGGGAACAUGCAGAAGCCCAGCGAGUUCCACUGCAUGAUGAACUGGACUCACAUCGCUGCCUGCAUCCUCAAAGGCCUGUUCGCCCUGGUGGCUUAUUUGACGUGGGCCGACGAAACCAAGGAGGUGAUCACCGACAACCUCCCAUCUGGCAUCAGAGCCGUCGUUAACCUCUUCUUGGUGUCCAAGGCGCUGCUUUCGUACCCGCUGCCAUUCUUCGCCGCCGUGGAGGUCCUAGAAAAGACUUUCUUCCAAGACGGAGGGCGUGCGUUUUUCCCGGAUUGCUACGGGGGCGACGGGCGUCUCAAAUCAUGGGGUCUUUCGCUCCGCUGUGCACUAGUUGUGUUCACUAUGCUCAUGGCUAUUUAUGUGCCACACUUCGCGCUCCUCAUGGGUCUGACGGGCAGCCUGACGGGCGCAGGUCUGUGCUUUCUCCUCCCCAGCUUAUUCCAUCUCAAGUUGUUGUGGAGAAAGCUCUUGUGGCAUCAGGUCUUCUUCGACGUCGCCAUAUUUGUGAUCGGGGGUAUAUGCAGUAUUUCCGGCUUCAUCCAUUCCGUCGAGGGCCUCAUCGAGGCGUACAAAUACAACCUGUCCGAUUAGUCUGGAAAAUGACCAGUGGUUUUUUUUUUUGGUGAUAAGUGUUAUGCAUCCCACAUAUUGAUAACCAAACCGAUAAGUUUCCCCCAGAGAAGAUAAAUAAAAUACAAAAGCAUUUAACCCAUUAUCAUUUAAAUCUGACCUUAACACACAAUAAAUAAUUCAGUGCAAAUGCAAAUCUUUACUCAUCCAUAUGAGAAAUGCCUUGGACAGCAGCGCGUUACACAAAUAGAUACCAGAGCAAACCUAUAUUUUUGUUGUUAAGUGAGAAAAUGGUUUAGAAGUGAAUCCCCGACUCCACAGGAAUCGAGGAAGAAACCAUUUCAUUGCAUCUAAAUGCAAGACUGAGCAAAGCAAAGCAAUGCUGUGAGAGAGGAAACCUCCUCUUUACGAUCUGCAAUACACGCUAAAGAACAAAAACACCAACGCCAUGGCAAUAAACACAAUAGAAUACGUUUUAAAUAAAUUGAUGGGUUUUCCUCAAUUCGAGUUGGGGACACAUUUAAUUCUUGAUUAUUAUCGUUUGCAUUUACUAAACCAAAACGGAGGACAAGAUAGAAAAUAAUAAUAAUAAUAAUAAUGGCAGCAUACUGGACGGUGAAUAUAAGUAUUUAUCUAUGCAUUUUGAUCGUAUGAUGUCCAUGCAGUAUUAGAGAUAUUCAGAAGAAAACAAGGGUUUUAUUCACACGUUGCGUUUCAAUUGCUCUUUGCCAGAAAACAUACAAAGAGACAUGUAUUUUUACAAGACAUUGAAUAACGAACAAGAAAGAGCCGCUGGACGUGAAGACAGUGAAAGAGAAAACGAAAAUGUGCCGGAAAUUCCAGAAGAAAUCAUCGAAAAUAUAAAAAUCCAUCAACUCAAAUAACUAAAUUUUGAGCAUAGCGUUGUUUAUCGGUUAUGAAAUGUCGUGAUUUAAAACUAUUAAUAAAGUUCAUGUUCCCCUCGGUGAGAUUUAUUAUAACGUCGUUGGAUCGAAGUCAAGGGACUUGCAUAAGACAUUUUUUUCAUUUUGUGCAAUCCAAUGGGUGCUGUGGAAAUGUUAUAAAACCGUAUGUGUUGUGUUAUUGUGGUUUAAAAGAUGGAAUGUAUAUCACAAAAUCGUUAUCAUAUAUCGUGAAAAUGAAUAUAUUGAAGAAUAAAAAAACGCGUGAAAUUAUAUUGUAGAACUGUUUGUUUUGGUUUUGUGUGAUAUGGAAGAAGAAAAAAAUGAAACACGUGCUUCUUUUUUUUUCCUUUCAAAGAGAAUAAAUCUACAAAACAAUAAAUCA